AUGCGACUUCGAUCAAACCACGUUCUCGAGCCUGUGGCCGAAUGGGAGCAGACACGUCGCCGCCAUGUGCGAGCCUCGUCAGCUCAGUCGGAAUCCGAGUCGGAACCCCAGCCAGAACCCCAGCCAGCACGUCGUCGCCGUGGCGCGCGGAGCGUGUCAACCCAGCCUGAGACUCAGCAAGAAUCUCAGCCAGCAACUCGCCGACGGAACACCCGUGGCUCAUCGGCUCAGCCUGAAGCCCAGCCAGAGCCCCAGCAGCCGGCAAGUCGGCGCCGCACCACGCGUGGCUCAUCAGCUCAGCCUGAAGCCCGGCAAGAUCUCCAGCCGGCUCGCCGCCGUAACACGCGUGGCGCCUCAGCUCAACCCGAACCCCAGCGUGAGCCUCAGCCGGCCACCCGCCGCCGCAACACGCGCGGCUCCUCAGCGCAACCUGAACCCCAACCUGAGCCUCAGCCGGCAACCCGCCGCCGCCGCAACACACGUGGCUCCUCAGCCCAGCCAGAGUCUCAGUCAGAACCCAACGAGCAAGUACUGUCAACUCCAGCCAGACAGGCCCGCAGAGGGCGGGCUGCCAACAAAGACAAGUCCGACUUGGUCACCAAUCUACUAGAGUUAGUUUCAUCCAGCCCCGCACUCUCCCCAUUGGUUUCCCAUUCCGGAUCUCCCAUCGCGGUCUCCCUGACCGUGGUGUCUACGCCUGUUGCCUUCUUGUCCCCAAUCCCGGAGGUCUCUUCGGCACCAGCGACCCCAGCCACCCCAUCCCCAGCGGGUGGUAUAUUUGAUACACCUACGGUGUCGGUGAUGGAAGAGGAGGACGUGUUUUUCACACCUCUUGCGCCGACACCCCAGAAUGUGGUUUUGAGCUCAUUUGUGUCGACACCGGAAGAUGUCUUUUACACCCCCGUUGGGCCCACCCCUACCAGUACCUCCUUCGUGCCAUCCGGACCCCUUGGACCCCCUGGACCCCGUUUUCAAAAACCCCAAAACCGCAUGUAUACUGAUCUAUGGCUUCCCAGAAUCGAGCCAACCGAGACAACCCUUGCGGUCAUGACCUCGGAGGACCCCGAAAUGAGACGUAGGUCAACCCGGCCAACCCGGCGACGCCAUAGAUUGCCGCCCCUGUACUAUGGCUCAGCCGCUACGCUGCUUGUGCGCAAGCCCAACAGCAACCCGCUGACACGUACCCAAGAUGGAAACAGGAAACGGACCCGAACCACCGAAGACGAGACCCCAGCCAAACGCUACAAACCUGCACCAGUGAUAACUCCUGGUGGUUCGUUGAUUCGUGCCCGUGGCAGUUCCCGAACCACCUAUGCGGACCGCACCCGACGACGCCAAGCCGAAAUUGGUGGUCGAAUUCAUUCCACAAUGUUCCGUGUCCCUGAAUAUCUAGCGCAGCGAGAUGCAGAUGCGAGGUCCGCCUCCCUCCCCCAAGAUAAUGACACGCAUGAACAGACUCCCACUCCCGAGGAAAGUGCUCUCCCCCGCGAAACCCCCGUCCCUGCCACGCCCAUACGGGCAAACACCCCUGGAUGGGGCCGAUGGGUGUUUGACAGUGUGUCUCGACGAUGGACGGGCAUUUUGGGACGACCCAAUGUGCCACAGGCAGCAGAUGCUUCGCACCGUAUGUACCUAAAUAUCCUUUCACCCAUCUCAAUGACUAACAUCUCAUUAGCUGCCGAGCGUGAGCAACAGCACACGCAAGCUGAAACUAGCCAGCAGCAUGGUCAUUCCAGUCUCACUGCAGUCUCAUCCUCUGUCCCUGCAGGCACGUCCACAACUUCGCCCGUCCGCGGAUCCCCUGCUCCAGUGGCCUCGGCGAGAACAGAUUCACACCAAGCACCCACUGUGCCUCCGCGCAGGAGAUAUAAUAACUACGAUCUUUUCAGCGCUGGUUAUUCCGAGGAGCAGCGCGCUCGUUGGCUUAUCAAUGUACCACCCGCCCCCACCGCCCCUGCGACUACUGCGAUCGAUUCCUCAACCACACAAUCCGCCCCACAGUCUUCUCGCGCAGCACAGCCUGAAACGCCAACUGCCUCUAAGCGCAAGCGGCAGCCAACCCCUGACAAAAUCCCCAACCCCCCAGGGUGUAGCUACGGGUUGCACGAUGAUUAUUUCAUCUACGACGAUGAAGAUUGGGAAGCGAAUGAGAAAUACAACGAACAACACCCAAAAAUUACACCCACCAGGGCCGGGGCCAGUGAAGACCCAGAUACCGAGAAACGUUCCUCCAAGAGAGUGCGCAUUAAAAGCCCGGCAAACUCCAACCAAGCGACUAGCCCAAGAAAAAUGGGCUCGAGAAGAUCGCGUGCUGAACGUCCGGCAAAUUUCAACUGGUCGGGUCACUUUGAGGUUCCAUAUUCCAGCUCUGAGAGCUCCAGCUCGACGCGCACCAGCCCUGCGAGCCAAUCUCAGACCCCAGGUCCAUUCCCCAGCAGUCCGGGUCCAUUCCCCAGCAGCCCAGCAGCUACACCAAGAGUGAAUGCCUCGAGAAGAGAGCGGGUUGAACGUCCGGGCCCCUCUGAGGCUCCCUAUUCCAGUCCUGAGAACUCCGGCUCCAUUGCCAGCAGCCCACUCGAUCUUCCCGCGCCAAACACACGCUCAUACCAUACCACUGUUGAAAGCGUCGAAGAUGACCACUCAUCCUUCCGCGACGAGAGCCCAAAGACCAUUGGUGGAGCAGAACCCCCCAAGGCCGAGAAAGACCUUGGACCUCUCCAAAAGGCCCGUGACCAGGCCGAACAAUACAAACCCAAGACGCCAAGCCGUCUGCGCGCUGCUCACCGGUUCUCAAGCAGUAAUACCAGUUAUGCUACCAGCCGGUCUCCGUUUGUACGCGAGCUGGAGUACGUUUCUACUGAAGCUGUUCGCCGACGUAUGAUGAGAGAGACCUCUCUUGCUAAGGCAUGCCCGAGUGGCGAUAUGAAUCAGAUCAGGUGGCCAGAAAAUGACACCUGGGAGAACCGCCUGCGGGGUGGGCUCACUCGGGAGGUUGUGGCGUACAACCGCCGAACUCAACGACACAACCUUCUUUCGCCAGCCAAGCUGGAAGAAUUUGACCAGCGUUAUCAUGAAGCACUUUCCCGCAGGCGCUUGGAAAACAACUACAAACCCAGUUUGUGGAGUCAGCGCCAGCUUGUCAAAUAA